CAUAGUAGAGCCCACUAACCGCACAGAGGUUGCUAGUCCAGUACUCCAGUCACACAUUGGUAGUAGAGCACCGGGACGGAAACAAGAGGCGAAUUCCUCGGUUACGUGGAGGGUAGGAUGGCGGCCGCCGCGGCGCUCGCGUUGGCGAGUCCUCUCCGGCGUCUCCUCCGCGCCCCUCACCCGCGCGGAGCCAUCUCCGCCCCGUACUACGGCAUCACGCGAGGACGGUGUAGCUCCGCCAUUGCCGUCGCCGCCGCAGCAGCCAGGAAUUCGGCGAUGAAAGGAAGCGUGGACAGGAAUGCAGCCGAGGAAGUCAGGAACAUUCUGGAUAUGGCAGAAAGGGCAUCCCAACUAAGAGAUGUUUUCCACACCAAUUUUCUUACUCCACCUAUAAUAAAGGAGGCUAUGCUGGCAAUUGAGAAGUUAGCAGAUAUAAAAGCUGUAGCUCAGGGUGGCUACCCACAGGCUGAGCGGUGCCGAAUUUCUGUUGGACACCCGGACUCUAUGACAAGUAACCCAGAUGUAGUUGCUGCUUUGAGCAUCUCAGGGAAUUUCCGAUUGGAACCCUGUUCUCAUGGUGACUUUCUUGGUGCCAUUCUCGGAACAGGAAUAACAAGGGAGAAGGUUGGAGAUAUUCUUUUGCAGGGGGAGAGAGGUGCUCAGGUCCUUGUUGAUCCAGAACUUGUUGACUAUCUGAUUUCUACUCUUGAAAAGGUGGGAAAAGUUGGUGUUUCAUGCACACAGAUUCCUUUGCUUGCUCUAGAAUAUGAACCACCAAGAACCAAGUCAUCAAAAACUGUAGAAGCAUCCCUCAGGGUUGAUGCCUUGGCCAGUGCGGGAUUUAAAAUCUCACGCACAAAGCUUGCUAGCUUGAUAAGUGCCGGGGAUGUUCGAGUGAAUUGGACGCCAGUUCUGAAAAAUGGAGUUACCCUCAAAUCUGGAGACAUUGUUUCUGUCAGUGGGAUGGGAAGAUUAAAGAUUGGGGAAAUUGUAACUACUAGGAAAGGAAAGUAUGCGGUUGAGUUGAUCCGAUAUUUAUAAGCUUUGAUCUUCAGUCCUUUCUCUACUGAAUUGAAAGGUUGAAGAAAAAUUCACGUGGCACCUGUUAAAGUUUUUCUUUUUUUUUUUUGGUCAAAAGGUUAGCUAUUAAGGAACCUCACAAAGGGCAUGUACAAGUCCUUGAACACCUCGACCUAUUUAGUACAGUUUGGCUGGCUAGCACCACUACAUGCUUCAUCUGGCUUGCAAACAUGCUAGACCAGGGCACUACUAAUGCGGCAAUGGAAUGUAUUAGCCUCUAUAGGUGUUUGUUUAGAGAGAUAUCUUCUUGUUCUUUUCUUCUGCUUGAAAGAAGAAAAUGCCAGUACUCUCCUGUUCUUAACAACACGGUAUUGUAGCUUCCGUGUAUUCUUUCACAGAAAUAUCCAAUAAUACCUAGCAAGAUAUUACUGCUGGUAGUGUGAAGUCAAAAGCAGGGCAUCACAUGUUUGUAAAGGUUCUGUGAUGUAUCCAGCCUUGUGGGACUUUGAAUGCGUUAACUUGACAGCCUGUGUCUAGGGGUUGUUUGUUUGA